AUGGGACUCUCGUUGUUCUCCAGCAAGGAGCCCUACUUUGGGCUCACCGGUGGAUGGUUAACAGUCUGGAUCACGGUAGCAUGUGCCACCGACAUGACUCUAUUCGGAUAUGAUCAAGGUGUUUUCAGUGGCGUGGUGGUAACAGAGAACUUCCUCGAAACCCUCGAUCUCGUGGGAUCCGGCAAGACCCAAGUCCUAUCCACAGUGACCGCUAUCUAUGAUGUGGGUUGUUUCUUCGGGGCAAUCCUCGCCUUCAGCUUCGGAGAACGUCUCGGUCGAAAGAAAUCUAUCAUCUGGGGCACUUCGAUCAUGGCCGUGGGUACGAUUCUGCAGGCGAGUUCGUAUAACCUCGCUCAGAUGUUUGUUGGUCGUGUGGUUUCGGGUCUAGGAAAUGGCAUCAACACCACGACCGCCCCGAUCUGGCAGACGGAAACCUCCUCGGCAAGGUGGCGCGGAAGACUAGUCAUCUUCGAAAUGUUGAUGAAUCUUGCUGGGUAUUGUUUGGUCAAUUGGAUUAACUAUGGCUUGUCCUUUCAUGGUGGUUCCGUCGCCUGGCGGUUCCCUAUUGCGUUUCAGUUCUUUUUUAUCUUUGUCUUGUUCGCUACGGUGCCGUGGCUACCUGAGUCCCCUAGAUGGCUCAUGGCCCAAGGCCGCAUCCCCGAAGCAAUCGAGGUCAUCGCAUGCAUCGAAGCCAAAUCCGUCAACGACCCAUACAUCUCCACCCAGCGCAACGAAAUCGAAUACAGCAUCCAAUACGAACGAGAGAAUGCCGUUUCAUGGCGCGAUCUCUUCCUCGGGAAGAAAACCAACGACACCAAAACCCUUCGACGACUGGUCCUAGGCGCGGGCACGCAAUUCAUGCAGCAGUUCGAGGGAGUCAACGUCAUUUCAUACUACUUGCCCACUGUCUUGAUGGAAUCGGUAGGUCUCUCGAACAAAAUGUCCCGGUUACUGACAGCUUGCAAUGCCGUGUCGUACUUUGUGUUUACUUCCGGGGCUGUGCUGUUGGUGGAGAGAUGGGGAAGACGGGGCCUCAUGAUGAUCUCUACGAUUGGGCAGUUUUUCUCGUUCUUGUUGAUUACGAUCAUGUUGCGGUUUUCAGGGACGCAGCCGAAUGGGGAGAAGUUUGCGUCGGCGUCGAUUGUCUUCUUCUUUUUGUUCUAUAUUGCGUUCGGGAUGGGUAUGUUGGGCGUGCCGUGGCUUUAUCCGACGGAGAUUAGCUCGCUUCCGAUGCGGACGAAAACAGCGGCGGUGUCGACUGCGACAAAUUGGAUCAUGAAUUUUGUUGUCGUGGAGAUUACUCCUAUUGGUAUCCAGAGUAUUGGGUGGAAGUUCUGGGUCAUAUGGACGGUGUUUAAUGCUGCUUUCCUUCCGGUUAUUUAUCUCUUCUAUCCGGAGACAGCGAACCGGACACUCGAGGAUCUAGAUGCCUACUACCGUUCAAACCCGCCUUUGAUUGUCAUCAAUGAUCCGGAUGCGAUCAGUGUGAAGCGACCACUCAAGUAUAUCCAGCAUGAAGAUGAAGAGUUACGGAAGACUACGAAACAGGGGGGAGCUAACCUAUCGAAGGUGGAUGAACAGACUGUGGAGCAUGUUGAGUAG